UUAAGAGGUGCAGCACUUGUAGGCUUAAGGUUAAAAUAAAAUAGUGAAAGUGGUGUCGAUCUCAAACUUUAAACUAAAGAUUGUAAGAAUGAAGAACGUUAUCUCUAACUUGUAAUUAACUGUUAGUGUUAUUAUAAAUUUUCAUAAUCUUUUGCUUUUAACUUGAUAAAUUAAAAAAAUACUUUCAAAUAUAUAAAUAUUUUAAAGCAUGGCUAAAAGUGGUAGUGGUAGAUGAAUACUUCAUAACUUAAAGUUAUACUUUAAGUUUAAAUUAAACUAAAGUUAAACUUUUCAAGUUCAUUUUCAGUUUUUCUUGUAAUUUUCGUUAACAUUGUAAACAACAAAGAACCCUUGUCGAAGUCUUGCACAUAAAGUAGAAAAUCUGAUAAAAGCCUGUUUAACAAGAAAUACAUGGAAUUUAAAGUAAAAGAAGCAAGAAACUGAAGUGAAAACAAAGAUGGAACUUAAUAAAUCAUCAAGUUCUAGUGAUUAUGUACCAUCCAAUGAAGAGAUUAUAGAAGAACUGACUAAAGACUUGGAAAAAUCUGUAAGUAAACAAGUAGUAGAUGAAGACAAUGAAGAAAAAAACAAAUCUUCAGUAUACACCAGUGAUUCUUUAAGCUCAGAAAAUGCAUAUCCAAAGAAGUCACGUGACAAUUUUAAGGAAGAGCUCAGUGCUGAACCAUGUUGCAGCAAUAUUUUUCAAGAUAAUGAAAUGCAGUCAAAUGAGUGUCAAAAAGAUAAUGAACAGUCAGUAUCACAAGAAGAAGAUAGCCCAGAAAGUGAAAAUUCCAUUGUUUUGGAGGAAGAUAAAGAAGAGGAUGAGAUUGUGGUUGAUGAAGAAUAUUUAAAGGACUUAGAGACACAAAUGACAGAGGAAGAAAAAUUGGAAAAGAAAGAAGAAGCCCAGAGCUUGAAGAAUGACGGAAAUGAAAAGUUCAGAAAUAAGCAGUAUCUGGAAGCCAUUAAGUUCUACAGUAAAGCUCUACAGAUAUGUCCAUUAUCUUUUACAAAGGAGCGAUCAACAAUGUAUUCUAAUAGGGCUGCUUGCAGAGCAAAACUUGAACAGAAUGAAGAAGCUAUUUUUGAUUGUACAAAAGCUCUAGAUUUGAACCCAAGCUAUCUAAAAGCAAUUCUACGAAGAGCACAACUCCACAAGACAACUGAAAAGUUAGAUGAGGCUCUGACUGACUACCAGCAGGUGUUAGAAAUAGAUCCAAAUAUAUUAGAAGCACGUGAAGCUUGUAUGGUUCUUCCAGAACAGAUUAAAGAGAGGAACGAGAAGCUAAAAGCAGAAAUGCUAGGAAAACUGAAAGACCUUGGGAACAUGAUCCUCAGACCUUUUGGCCUGUCAACAGACAACUUUAAGUUUGUUCAAGAUCCAAAUACUGGAGGUUAUUCUGUGAACUUUCAAAACAACAAACGCUAGAAAAUGUGAAUAAAGCUUGUUAAGAAAAAUAUUUUUUAAUGUGUUUUUCUCACUACUAAGUAACAUCACUGGACCUCAGAAGCUUGAUUAACAUCUUUUUAUUUGGCCUGAUUGAUAUAAUACCAUUAGGAAUUUGCUUAACCUCAAUAGAAUAAAACAGAAACUAAAGUUGACCAAACAUUUACCUUACUUAUAUAUAUGACUUUCAAUAUAAGAAGAAUAGAUAAGUAACUACGUAGAAGUAUAUAAUCAUUCUUUUAUGUGUGUGUAUAUAUAUAUAUAUAUAUAUAUAUAUGUUACAGGUGAUGGCCAAAGUCAGGCCAGUGUCAACAAUGACUUGGACAAUGUUGUCAUUUCCCUCUGUUCUUGGGCAUUGAAGACUGCCAGGCCAUUUGCAAUAUUGUUUACAAAUUCUAAGUGACGUAGUUUUAAGUUUAGUAAAAUACAGUACUUUGGUCAUUGGCUGGGCAUCGAUAACAUUGCUUGAUUUACCUUGAGCCAUAGUAUCAUUUCCUGGUAGAUGUUGGUUUUUCACACAGUACUUUAGGACAAGAUUGGCUGGUGAAAUUGGACAUUGCUGUCAUUGGCUAGAUAUUGUCAUCAAUGUCCAAUAACGAGGAAAUGACAACACUAUUUGGCCAUUGACGAUGUUGCCUGUAACAUAUACGUACACAAAUGCACAUAAACAAGACAACCUUGAUAAGCUGAUGAAUCUGAAAAAAGUGGAAAGGAUGUUUAGUUUCAUAUAGUGACUUAUAUGUUUAAUUACUUUCAUACACACAUAAUAUUGUUUUGUGAUAAUUUUCAACUGCUUCAUUAAUUUUACAUCUAAAUAUAAAUUAUUAGUCAUUUUAUUGCACACAGAAUUUCCUUUAUGAUUUGAUAGCAUAUCUGUAUUCUAACAGUGUUUAAAUUGUAUUCUUAAAAACAUUUUUGCAUGUGUUAUUAUAUAUAACUUACAUUUACUUUUAUGAUAAACUUUUUUGAAAGCUUAAAUAUUUGCUGGAAUUAGCCAACAUACUGUAAAACUCACUUAAAAAUAAUGUUUCUGUCUAUAUGUGAACUGUAGCUGUAGUUUAGAUACCAAAUGUUGAACUUGUCUUUUUUAUAGGUUUAACCUGAGAUACCCACCACAUAUAAUAGAAUUUGAUAAAUAUUUCAAUAUACAUAAAAGUGAAAUUUUAUAAGUUGUUGUAUUAGGAGAAAAUUUAACAUUUUAAUAGUUAAGAAAAAUCUAAAAUAAAGUGUAAUAGCUGAAAUAAAACUUAAUCAAACUAUUUAAUAGCAAAGUAAUUUGUAAUGUUAUAGUGAGAAAAGAGAGUAAAAGAAAGGUUAGAUUUGGAACAGUGUACCUUCUUUAUGUAAUCUUUUAGACUUGAUGGUUACUUGUUAAGAUGUGAUACAUUUGCAUGCUUUGUGAAAUUUCCAAUACAUGGUAAUUUUAAUUACAGGGAAUUAUUUGUAUAUUAAUGUUCUGAUAUAUUAUAAAUAGCCUUUUUAAGAAUUACUAAGUUUCAAAACUUGUGUAUUUCAUACAUUGAGGUUAACUAGAGAUUAUGUUGAAGAGACCUGCCUGUAUAGUCUGGUGUGUAUGAACUGUGAAUGCAAUCUUAUUGAAUAAAAUUGGUUAUAAGCUGA